UCUAAUUAUGUAGAUAUAUUUAUCCGUUUCUAUAAUAAUUAUCGCGGCCUAUUGUCGAGGCAACACCACGUGGCCUGCUAGAAAUGGAAGACAGAGUUGGGACUUUGGUAGUUGAUUCUGGAGCUCUUAUAAAAGGUGCUCCCAUCAGAAACUGGUCCCAGAAUGUGGUGACUGUUAAAGAAAUCUUGGCUGAAGUGAGGGACCUGAACACACGGAGAAGACUGCAAGUCCUACCCUUUGACAUAUCAUUCAGAGAGCCCAGUCACAAGGCCCUGCAGCGUGUGACCUCAUUUGCUAAGAAGACGGGUGAUUUUAUUAGUCUGUCACGAGUGGACCUUCGUCUCCUGGCCCUCACCUACCAGCUCGAGUGUGAGGAGGGGCCACAGCACGGGGCAAACCUCAGGACAGACCCACCCAGACUGGAACCAAUAUCUACUGAGACCAAACCACCAACCAUUGUUGGCUUUUAUUCCGGACCCAAGAAACCAAAUGACUCAAGUAAUGAGAGUGAUCAAUUACAGGAAUAUAGUAAACUGUCACAUGAUCAAACUGUCCAAUCAGAGCGUGACGACAAACCCUGUGAUGAGAUAGCUUUCGUACCAGUAGAAGAUCUUGAAAAAUUGACUCUUGAAGAAAUUCCGUGUAGCGAAAAUUCUUCAUCAACUGUAACCCCAGGAAGUUCAAAUGUCAGUGUGCAAGAUGUAGUGGAAUUGAAUGAAGAUAAUGAUAAUUUGAUUGAGAAGGGGGAUGAUCUCUUGGAACGGAAUGGGGACAUUGCUGGUGAUUUGGAAUCAAAUGAAGCCAGUGAAGAUUCACAGAAUGAGGACAGUGACGAUGAGGAUAGCUGGAUAACCCCUGGUAAUUAUCAGAUGGCCUGCGAGAAAAUGGGCGGGGCUCUGGAGACUGGUCUCGAUGGGAUAGCAGUCGGCUGUGUUACAACAGAUUAUGCAAUGCAGAAUGUGCUCCUACAGAUGGGCCUUAAUGUGAUCUCAGUGGAUGGGAUGAGAGUGAAACAGCUGCGUACAUACGCCAUGAAGUGCAAGGCUUGCUUCAAAGUGACGAGUAAUACUGGACUAUUGUUCUGUCCUCAUUGUGGGAACAAGGCACUCAUGAAGGUUGCCAUGGUGAUGAGUGGAGAGGAGGGCACUGUGCAGUACAGGGUACUCUCACGGAAGCAAUGUAGUCACAAAGGACUCAAGUACUCUCUCCCUUUGCCCAAGGGUGGUCGCCAUGCCAACAACCCGAUACUGGCCCCAGAUCAGCGAGAGACUAGUAAGCAGCGGAGGACCCGAGGUGGUGGUGGUGGAGGGAGGGCAGACCCCAUGCAUCCUGACUACAUUGCACAGACUUCCCCGUUUGCUAUGAAGGAUGUGAACAGUCGUGGUGCACAGAUCAGGUUCGCCCAGGGGAGGGGGUUUGGGAGCAGAGCCGGGUGGAGGAACAACCCCAACACAUCGAGACCAAAGGGGAGGAAGAAGUAGCUAGCCCCUCUAAUUAGCGGCUGCAGUGAACUUUAUCAAUCUAAACUUCUGCACGAUUAUUGUUAACUGUACGUACAUUACAUUUUAUUUUCUUGUUAUUUUCCUUGUCUUUAUAUGUGUAUGUGUGUGUGUGUCAUGUUCAGCAAAUAAAAAUUCAUUUUCAGCUAUAA